UUCCUCAGUAAACGCAGCACUUGAGCGUGCGGAAAGCACAGAACGCUGUGUGUGGUUGAGCGACGCACACAUAUGACAGGAUAUAGACUCGCAGCCGGGCGAAUGAAGCAAAUAUAUGACUGUUUGUCGUGUUUUACCUCACGACCGAAUCGGUGUCAUGGUUUCAGUUGCGUUGUAGAGGUGAGCGGCGAUGUGUGGCUGCGUAGCGCUGAUUGACAGACCGGAGCGGCUGUGCUUGCGUUACUGCGCGACGAUCUUUGCAGUUCGUGCGUGAACUUUACCAAAACUUUGCAGCAUUCACAUCUAGACGACAGCAGCACGAAGCAUGGCGACACAAAACGACUGCUGUGUCAAGGUCUCUUUAAGGAUCAGGCCACAGAUGGCAAAGGAAAAGAUCGAGGGAUGUCACAUCUGCACCUCGGUGACUCCUGGGGAACCCCAGUUGCUCUUGGGAAAAGACAAGGCCUUUACGUAUGACUUUGUGUUCGACUUGGACUCCCACCAACAGGAGAUAUACAGGGCGUGCGUCCACAAGCUCAUCGAGGGCUGCUUCGAAGGAUAUAACGCAACUGUCUUCGCUUAUGGACAAACCGGUUCAGGAAAGACGUACACCAUGGGCACCGGCUUUGAUCUAAGUGUGUCAGAGGAAGAACAGGGCAUCAUCCCUCGGGCGGUGCGACAGCUUUUCGAGGGCAUCCAGAAACGCAGGAUGGAGGCACAGAGAUUGGAGAUGCCACCUCCAGAAUUUAAAGUCAGCGCUCAGUUCCUGGAGCUUUAUAAUGAGGAGAUCCUGGACCUCUUUGACAGCACACGCGAUCCAGAGACUCGAGGCAGGAAGUCCAACAUUAAGAUCCAUGAGGAUGGGAACGGAGGCAUCUACACCACUGGAGUGACCUCACGCCUAGUCGACACAGAAGAGGAGCUCCUACAAUGUUUGAAACUGGGAGCUCUGUCCCGCACCACAGCCAGCACACAGAUGAACGCCCAAAGCUCUCGUUCUCAUGCCAUCUUCACCAUUCAUCUCUGCCAGAUGAGAGUAUGCUCGCAACCGCACCUGGAGAACGACGAGAUGAACGGCGUAUCUGACGGUCCCAUCUCUCAGCCCGAGUACGAGACGCUCACCGCUAAGUUUCACUUCGUGGACUUGGCGGGCUCAGAGCGUCUGAAACGCACGGGAGCCACUGGAGAUCGAGCGAGAGAAGGCAUCUCCAUCAACUGUGGCCUGCUGGCCCUGGGUAAUGUGAUCAGUGCAUUGGGAGAUCAGAGCAAGAAGGCCGGUCAUGUGCCGUACAGAGACUCCAAACUGACGCGCUUGCUACAAGACUCGCUUGGAGGAAACAGUCGGACUGUUAUGAUCGCCUGUGUGAGUCCCUCUGACCGCGACUUCAUGGAGACCCUCAACACGCUGAAAUACGCUAACCGCGCUCGCAACAUCAAGAACAAGGUGAUCGUGAACCAGGACAAAACCAGUCAGCAGAUCAGCGCCUUGCGAGCGGAGAUCGCACGCCUGCAGAUGGAGCUCAUGGAGUACAAAGCGGGAAAGCGAGUAGCCUGUGAAGAUGGAUCCGAAGGAUUUAGCGAUUUGUUUCAGGAGAACUCGAUGCUCCAGAAGGAGAAUGAUACGCUGCGAAUGAGAGUCAAAGCCAUGCAAGAAACCAUCGACCACCUCAACACAAGGGUCACUCAGCUCCUUACAAACGGAGUCAAUCUGCUGCUCACUAAAACGGGUGAAACAAACGAGGAGAUUGGCAAUCUAAUCCAGAACUACAUUCGAGAGAUUGAAGAGCUCAGGUCUAAGCUGUUGGAGAGCGAAGCCAUAAACGAGUCUCUAAGGCGGAGUUUGUCUCGUCUCUCUUCGCGCUCUUCGUUCACCCCCCCUCAUCCGGCUGCUCCAGGACUCUCUCUUUGCUCCUCCCCCUCUGUUUCCAUGGAUGCAGAGAUGACAGAUGUGAUUCGUCAAGCCAAAUUAGACGUGGAGAGACUAAAGAAGAAGGAGAGAAACCAGAGGAGGAAGAGUCCUGAGAAAGAAAAGGGUUUGAAGAAGAGAGCCAAACUUCUUCCUCAGGAAAAUGGAGAAAAGAGCGAGAAUGACUUGAGCAGGGAAAACGUAGAAAGACGAGAAAAUGGAGAUGGGGAUUCUGAUAAUGAACCUGAAGAGGAUGGCAUGUAUCCCCUCCAGGAAGACGAUCAGGCUGAGAGCGGGUGUGAUGAGGAUGAAGAAGAGGAGACCAGGGAAGAGGAAGAGUUCGACAGUGAUGAGAGCCUGGUGGACUCUGACUCUGAUUCAGAGGAGAAAGUGAACCUCCAGGCGGAUCUUGCCGAUCUGACGUGCGAGAUCGAGAUCAAGCAGAAACUCAUAGACGAGCUGGAGAACAGCCAGCGGCGGCUCCUCACGCUGAAGAACCAGUACGAGGAGAAACUCAUUCUUCUUCAGAACAAGAUCAGAGACACUCAGCUGGAGAGAGACCGUGUGCUGCACAAUCUCAUGUCCAUGGAGAACUACACCGAAGAAAAGGCCAGCAAGAUUAAGUCUGAGUACGAGAAGCGUCUGAAGGAGAUGAACAGAGAUCUUCUCAAGCUGCAGGCGGCUCAUAAGGAACACGCUCGUCUGCUGAAGAACCAGAGCCGAUAUGAGAGAGAGCUGAAGAAACUGCAAUCUGAAGUGGCUGAGAUGAAGAAGGUCAAGGUGGCGCUGAUGAAGCAGAUGAAAGAAGAACAACAGAGGAGGAGGAUGAUCGAGGCCAAGAGGAACAGAGAAAUCGCACAACUAAAGAAAGAACAGAGAAGACAAGAGUAUCAGAUUCAUGCUUUGGAAUCUCAGAAGCGCCAGCAGGAGAUCGUGUUGCGAAGAAAAACGCAAGAAGUGACAGCGUUGAGGCGUUUGGCCAAGCCCAUGUCAGAGCGGGUAGCCGGACGUGUGGCCCGUAGACACAUCACUGUGGAUUCAGGGGCAGAGCUGUCUGCCAGCACAACCACAACAUCCUCUAACCCCGAAUCUACCCGCUCUGUAUCCAGCAUCAUACGCCAGUGGAACACCAAACUCAAUGGAUACCUGGGAGAGAACGAGAACCAUGGGAGUGGAGGAAAAAUGGCCAGCAGCAGGAAACAGUUUCAGCGGAAGGGUACGAACACUAGUUUCUCUAAAACAGCCCGUCAGAAGUGGCAAGCUCUCGAGAGGAGAAUCAUGGACAUUGUGAUGCAGAGAAUGACCAUCACCAAUGUAGAAGCUGAUAUGGAUCGACUUAUUAAGAAACGCGAGGAGCUGUCUAUGCAGCAGGAGGCGCUGUUGCGUAAGAGAGAGAAAUUACUGAGCGAGGGCUUCAGGGAACAAGAACUUCAUGAGAUGAAUGAGGAGAUUGAAGUUCUCAAUGCCAACAUUGACUACAUCAGUGACAGUCUGACAGACUGCCAGGCCACCAUCGUACAGAUCGAGGAGACAAAGGAUGAGCUGGAUUCAGUGGACACAUCAGUGGUCAUCAGUUCCUGUUCAUUGGCUGAAGCUCGUUCGCUCCUGGACUAUUUUCUCAAAGCCUCUAUUGACAAGGGCUUGCUGGUUGCCCAAAAAGAGGCCCAGAUUCGACUGCUGGAGGGUCAGUUACGCCAGACGGAUAUGAUUGGCUCCUCCCAAAAUCAUGUGAUCCUGGAUGCUCUGAGGGAAAAGGCUGAAUGUAUCCCUGAAUUACAUGCCCUUAUUCACAAUGUCCAACAGGAGAAUGGCUAUGCAAGCACAGAUGAAGAGACGUCUGAGAUCAGUCAGGUGUCGGAGAGCUGUUUCUCCCAGAUGAAGUUGUCUGCAAGUCAAGAUGACUUUAAACUGAAGGUUGAGCCUCGACUCUCUGCACAAAUGAAGGCGGUGUCUGCCGAAUACCUGGGCCCCAUUCUGGACCUCACCACCAAGAACAUCACCAAGUCAUUGGCUUCUUUAUCAGAGAUCCACGAGAACGGCCUGCUCCUUAAAGAGCCCUAUUCAAGAGAGCUGGUGUCUCGAACCAUCAGCCUGCCCAUCAGGGGACACACCUUUCCAAGACAGUCCAGAGCAUCAGACACAUCUCCACUAACAAGGAGGCAGUCAUAUGACCGAGGCCAGCCAUACAGAAGUCCUGAUGUCGGAUACACGCCUCCCUCUUCACCUCCUCUCCGAACACGCAACGACCGCAACGUCUUUUCCCGCCUGACCAGCAACCAGAGUCAGGGCUCUGCACUUGACAAGUCGGAUGACAGCGACUCCUCUCUCUCGGAGGUGCUCAGGGGUGUGAUCAAUCCCGCAGGUGGGUUAAAGGGGGGCAGGACGGCCCCUCUGCAGUGCGUAGCGAUGGCUGAGGGCCACACCAAACCCGUUCUCUGCCUGGAUGCCACCGAUGAACUGCUAUUCACCGGCUCUAAAGAUCGUACCUGCAAGAUCUGGAAUUUGGUGACUGGGCAGGAAAUCGUGACCCUGAGGGGACACCCAAACAACGUGGUGUCCGUCAAAUACUGCAGCAACUCCUGUCUGGUCUUCACGGUGUCCACCUCAUAUAUCAAAGUGUGGGACAUUCGCGACUCUGCCAAAUGUGUCCGGACAUUUACGUCGUCGGGUCAGGUGGUCUCAGGCGACGCCUGUGCUGGUACAACCACACGCACCAUCACCACAGCCCAGGGCGAGUGCCAGAUCAACCAGAUUGCCCUCAAUCCCUCGGGAUCCGUGCUGUAUGCUGCUGCGGGCAACACUGUCCGUACCUGGGAUCUCAACAGAAUGCAGACUACAGGGAAGCUGACGGGACAUAUUGGGUCAGUCAUGUGUCUUACAGUGGGUUAUUCUGGUGGUUGCAAGGACCAAGUGAUCACUGGAUCUAAAGACCAUUACGUUAAGAUAUUUGAUGUUGCGGAGGGCGCCCAGGGCAACAUUGGACCAGCUCAUAACUUUGAGCCCCCUCAUUACGAUGGGAUCGAGUGCCUUGCCGUACACGGUGACAUCCUGUUCAGCGGUUCCCGUGACAACGGCAUUAAGAAAUGGGAUCUGGGUCAGCAGGAACUGAUUCAGCAAAUCCCUACGGCUCAUAAGGACUGGGUGUGUGCUCUGGCAUUCGUUCCCGGGCGGCCCAUGCUCCUCAGUGCCUGCAGGGCGGGCAUGCUGAAGGUGUGGAACGUGGAUAACUUCACGCCCAUCGGAGAGAUCAAAGGCCACGACAGUCCUAUCAAUGCCAUCUGCACCAACUCCAAACAGAUCUUCACUGCCUCCAGUGACUGUCGGGUGAAGUUGUGGAGUUAUGUCCCUGGGCUCACGCCCUGUCUGCCCCGUCGGGUCUUGGCCAUCAAGGGUCGGGCCACCAGCCUCCCCUGAGUCUGCACUUAAUACCUCCUGCCUCUGGUUCCCUCUGUGACAAGAGAGUAAAGAUCUGGAAUUCGAAGAUGGGAAAAAGAAGGUGACGAUCCUCUGGGUGGAAUUGGUGCCUGUCUUUUUUAGUAUGUCUGCUAAUUGAGCGGUCACAACCUAAUCUGACCUCAGCGCAGUCCAGGGGUCGACCGUCCUUUUUCAGAAGGGCAGUUUGUGUUGACCUCUCUCAUGUCGAUAAGACACAACGGUCUGUUCUGAUGACAACCCUUUCAACUACCUGAUUGUGGAGCGUGACGCAUGAGGAAUAAUCACAAGGUGAAGCUUCAAAGAGCUUCUUGAUGUUUUUUGUUUUUUUUUUGGUCAAAACCCAUUUGACCCUGAAGAUAUAGGAUCUGUAGAAGAAUGUGUGUGAAUGCACUUUUUUUUACAAAUUCAUCCUGUUGGGAACACAGAAGACUCCACGAUGAAGGAAAGAAGACCACUUAAAAAGUCAAGUGGCACAAAACUUUGGUCUUUUGGCAAGUAGCUUAACCGUUUCCAGUGAUUAUCCCGAACAUUCCAUAAAGACCCUAGAUGCUUGACGCUUAAAGUUGAGCAAAUACAUCAUUCCUAAUCUCAUUUCUAAAACAUGUUGUGCAAUAGUGCGAACUUCCACCCAUUUCUCCGGACAUUUCAAGUGACUAACGGCUUCCUUAAACUUCCUCCACCGACAAAAGCUGGUCACAACUCCGUCCUUUUCUGCGUUUUUCGUUGCUGUGAAUAUUAUGUUCAGUACCUCAGAUUUAAAUUGGGGAUGUAAAACCCUCACUCAUUUUGGGAUUUUGCUCAUGAGAGGAUCCCAGCUUUAUUAUUUUUUAGUUGUGUGAACAGAGGUCUCAGAAGUGUAAGCAGUAUUACAAAUCUGCCGAGUUGGCAUUUUGAGGGGGGGUGUGUGUGUCUAAUAAGCCCAUCUCAUCUGGGACGUUGACACCGACACUAGCGAGAUGUUUUUCUUAAGUGUGCAGAAAUAGAUGCUGCCUCAGGACUAAGUGUUUGAUCUCAUGCUGUGAUGCCCGCGAGGGUUUCAUAUUGUUGGACCUUUGUGGUAAAUUUUUUUUUGAUGCUUUUCUUACAACAUAAUCUAAUUUGGUCAUUCAUUUUUUUUUUUAUAUAUUUGGAUCCACUCAUGAUAUGUGUGGUAAAGAAUUUGCACAACAGCUAUUGAUUCAGGGGCAACUUUGAAAUGUUAUGGUCUUAUUUAUGUCUGGUCCAUGUGAUUUCAUUUUUUAAAGGGACAGCUCACUAAAAUUAUGAAAAAUCUAUCAUUAUAUGUCUUUAUACUAUAUAUUUGUCUCUCAUUGCCCAAGUCAUUUCUUAUCUGGGAGUAAAUAAUGACUGAAAUUAUACUGAAAUGAGGUUGUAGCCUAAAGAUACCAAACACAGAAGUCUUUUCAUCACAGUAGAGCUAUUGGUUGCCUACCAGCUUACUCCAGUACAAACAUCCGCUGACAACCAAGACAGCAGUGUUAAACUAGGUCAAAUUAGUUACUGUUUUCUCCCAAGCUUCCACCUCUUAAAAAAACACCCUGGAGUUUUACUCUCAGUUAAAUGAAACGGGAAGCCGCCUCCUCUGCGUUGAAGAAUACGGCAUGCCUGAUGGGGAUAUGUGGGUGUUGGCAAGCUUGUCUUGGUAGAACACAUGCAACUUUGUUUAUUUUUAAGGCAUCAAUCUUGCAGCGCCACGCGCCGCUUCCUUCCCAAGCUUUCUGUGAUUUACGGUCUGUUGUAAUGAAACAUAUCUAUCACUCUUAUCUGACAUCCUUUUCUGGUGGCCCCCUGGCAAUCCGGUUUCUUUACGCUGCACAUGAGCCGUUGUGCAAGGAAAGUUUUUAUAUUCUGGUUUAUCUGAUGAACGACCCAUGGUACCGAUCUACGCUUCUACUAGGAGGGUAGUGGGAUUCCCAAGUGCCAAGAGCUUAUUCUGUGUCGAAUAUAGUAAUGAUAAGGAUUUCAUCAAAAUGUGCAAAUUCGCUUCUGUGCUGUUCUGCAAGUACUUUAGGUUUAUUUAGGGUUUUUUUGUUGAAUGCAUCGUGAUGUCACAAAGCUGCUAUCGGUCAUUUAAAGCUACAACAAAGCUUUUGUUGUAUAAGUGAAGAUAUUCAUAUGAUGACCCACAAAAUGGUUGGGUUUAGUCUGGGUUUUGCUAGUAUUAGGGUUGCCAAUCCAGAUUCAGAAAGGCCGCUGCAGAGUUUAGAUCCGACUCUAAUCAAACACACCUGCUUGUAGUAAUGGUAAAGAUUUUUAUUAGCUACACUGCACUGUAAAAGUAAAAUUUGGAUCAAAUUUAAAAAUUUACUUUAAUUGGUAACGCCUAAAAUUUGACUUUUUUUUCAACGUAAAUUUUCUCACUUGAGUGAAAAUUUAGGGCACAUUUUUUGAAUUACUUUAAUUGGUAAAACCUAAAAUAUUUAAACAAUGUCAACUUAAAUAUUUCAAGUGAAAAAAUUUUAUUUUCAAUUUUACAAAUCAAUUUUUGGCAUAACCAAAAGUUAUUUUGAUCCAAGUUGAUCUAACGUUUACUUUUUACAGUGUGUAAACAUUCUUCUUGCAUUUUUACGUUAAAUCAACUUAAAUUUACAAUUAAUUUCAAAUUUCUUGACUUAUUGCUAGAAAUUGCUAGAAAUUAUUAAAAUAAAGUAGAAAUACAGUAACUUAAGCUAAUUCAAAUUUGUUUUAUAAUUUUAAGAGAACCCUUACACUGUAAAAAUUCCUUGUUGCACUUAAAAUUUUAAGUUAAAUCAAUUUGAAAUUACAAUUAAUUUCAGCUUUCUCGACUAGUGAGGAGUUGCUAUAAUUUAUAAAAAUUUAAUUGAAUUGAAUCUUAAAUUAUUUCAACUUUAUUUUUAUAAUUAAUAGCAACUUCUCACUAGUCAAGAAAGUUGAAAUAAAUAGUACAUUUACGUUGAUUAAACUUAAAAAUGUAAGUGCAACAAGGAAUUUUUUAAAGUGUACUAGUCAAGAAAGUUAAAAUGAAUUGUAAAUUUAAAUUAAUUUAACUUUAUUAAUUAAAGAUAACUUAAUUUAAGUGUAACAAGGAAUUUGUUACAGUGUAGAAAUGGUGCUAAAUAGCACUAAAAGCUCGUAAUCAUAGGGAAUUCAUUUUAAGUGCUAUAAAGCACCUACCUGUAUGACGAACCAUAAGGAGCUAAUAUAGUACCAAUAUAGCAUCACUUAUGCACUGUAAAACCUAAAAGUCAACUCCAUUAAUUUAAGUAAACCGGUUGCAUUAGUUUUAAAACACAUAAAUUUGAGUACUGUGAACUUAAACAAAUUGAGUCAUAUGCAGUUAUGCACUUAUAUUUAAGUUCACACUACUUAAAUAUAAGUGCAUAAUUGCACAUGACUCAAGUUCACAGUACUUAAAUUUAUGUGUUUUACAACUUAAAUGGUCUAAUGCAACCGGUUUACUUAAAUGGUUUGAGUUAAGUUAACUGUUAGAAUUUACAGUGUGGUUCUACAGAGCACAAUUUGGUUCUACACAGGUGCUACAUACCUACUUAAAAUGAUUCCCCUAUGAAUGUAUUUUUUAUUUUAUUUUUUGAGUUUGGGACUGUAGGUUAAGUGUGUUUGAUAAAGGUUGAAUCUAAACAUUGCAGGACAAAACAGGCUUGGUUCACCCUUUAUUAGCGUAACCAUUUUAAAAGUCAAAUGUGUAUGGCGGAGCUAUUUGCAUACUGUAUAGCUCAUAUACAUGCAUACAUAUUUAUGAGAAAGAAUGCGAUAGGGGCUUCUUCACCCUUUAGGUUGAUGCGUUCAGUUAAAUAUCCUGCCUAUAGAUUGCAGCUUGUGCAUUUGUAAGUUUUUUUUAAUUUGGCAGUAGCUGUUGUGCACCCUCAUUACAGCAGUAUUUUAUCUUCAUUAGACUGUGUAUGGGUUUACAGUACAUUACAGUAGAACCAUUAGGCUACUGUAUAGACUAAAUGAACCGAUGUUUUUCAUUUGUUCCAUUUGUCAACCGCCAAUGAGUAAUUCCCUCAUAAAGCGCAAUGUAAUUUGGAUGUUUCCUUCUACGACAUUCCAGGCUUGGGGUUGCAGCCAAAUGUAUUGAAUAACAAUCAGCGCCGUCUACUAAAGAAAAAUGUUUAAACUGUGAAAACAAAUGCUGCUACCAUCACACAUCUCUUCGUAAAAUAUUUUUGGCUUUAGAAAGAGAUCAGAUGAUAAGCGUCAAACUUGCUGCCAAAGUUUGGUUUAAAGAAUCGCUCGCACAUUUCGAUACAUACUACAUUUUCACUGGAUUAAUUACUCUGCAAUAUUGUUAAAUGCUCAAAUCUCCAUGUGUACACUGUUCAUUUUAACUUUUCAAUAAGUGCCCCUCAUUAGUGAGAUUACAGAAGACUUUUGUCUUAAACUCAUUUCAUUUUAGAAAUGGAAAACAAUACCAUUGAUUUUGAAGCAUUUUUUGGGGGUAAUUUGUAUUAUUCUUGGGAGAGGUGCUUGUAAAAUGUGCUCUGUAUUGUUAAAUUGGCUUGCAAAAGCAGUUACAUAACAUCCAAAUGUUCAACUCCUUUUCUCUCUGUGUCAAAUCUGAAAGCUUAUUGGUUCACCGUGCAGCUUUUAAGAUUGACAGUUAAACACUUAACGCUUUUAAAGCCAUGCCAGUCAAUGGCCUGCGGUUUAUGGUGCUUAGCAGUCUUAAAUGUAUCUGAAGCUUUUAGGGUUGGGUAUCUUCCUAAUGUCGUUUAGCUUCAUUGCUGUAAUUUACUGGUACUUAAAUUAGAUUAUUUGUGGCUUUAAGGUGCUUUUUUCAUACAUUUACGCCAGUGCUUCAUUCUGUAUAUAGACACAAAAAAAGCUUUUCUGUUGACACCUGUCAAUAUAUAAGACCACUGAUUACGAUACCCUUAUAUACAGUAUAUACUGGCGGUACCAUGUACAGUUAUACCAUUGAUAUAAACUGUACAAUUAAUGUACUAUGGGUAUGGUAUUCAUGUGGCAAACCAAGGUACUCCCCAAAAUACUGUGGUACUAACAAAUGUAGCGCUAUCCUGGACAACUGAGCCCUAGCCUGUGGCUUUACCCGAAGGUAAGCAGGUUUGCAUUGCCAAUUUAAAGCGAUAGUUCGGCCAAAAAUGAUAUUAAACCCGUGAUUUACUCACCCCCAAGCUGUCCGAGUUGCAUAUGUCCA